AUUGCUCCUAAAAUAGGGUUUCCAAGACUGAUAAUUUUAUUAUAAGCGCUAAGAGGUUCAAUAUAGAAACAUUCCAGAAAAGCACAAUCAACCAGUAAUGAGAAAACUCAAGUAUUGAAACUUCAUGUAGAACAAAGCUAUUGUGGCAGUUCAUUUGAUCGAUAAACUAACAUAUUUCCCCAAAAUCUUCUCCUCAAACAAGCACUUUACCACAGCGAAUAAACAAACAAUCAACCAAGCUUUCUUGCUUCAGUGGCUCAAAAUGCACAGGAACAGCUCUUUCAGUUGCUAAAUCAAGUGGAAGAAGGAAGAUAAUUGAAAGAAGAGAGCAAAUGAGAAACUAAAUCAAUGGUGGAUAGAAGUUUUCAUUUCUCCUGAAACUAAACAUAGUGAACCCCAAAUCAAAGAUGGAGAAAACACAAGUGACUAAAAGAAAAGAAGAGGGCACAAGAGACACUUACAGAUGGGAAACAGGUGUGUGGGCUUCAUCCUCGUGGCUGUCAGAGAAACUUACAAAAAAAAUAUUUGUAAAAAGUAUUUUUCAGGUAACUUAUUUUCCGCCUACAAGUGGAGGACUAAUGGUGAAUUACUUUUCACUGUUAUUUAAUUUUACCUACUAAACACAAAAGAAGUAACUGGAUUGAAAAACUGAAGGGUAGGUAUGUGAUUUCACUCGCAAGUGAAAUGCACUUUCCACCACUGAUUUUCAUUUCCCACUUCCCAAAUAGAAGAAAGAAAGUAAAUUCUCUAUUUCUCCUACUUUCCCAAUAUCCAAACAGGCCGUAAGUUGGAGAAAGAGAGAGAGCCAACGCGGGGGUAGGUAUGAGAUUGACCGAACCACCUCUCAAACACUUCACAUAUAAAAACCCCUUCACGCCCCUCUCUUUCUUCUCAGCUUGACGUUCCCUUCGUAGAGAACACCAAGCAUAAAAUCAAAACAUAAACCUCUCCGUUCUUCCUAUUAUUAGAGUAAUCGCAACCAAAACGCGCCGUUUCAACGAUGCAGGCCAUCUCCCCUUCCUCUCCCCUUAAGUCUUUAGUCCCAACUCGCCGUCGACUCGCCCGACUCACCCCCAACAAACUCAUCCUCCAUUGCAUCUAUCGGUCAGAUUCUGUCCAUUUCUCCAACGGCGUUGGCUCCAGCCGAGCCGACUGGCAGAGCUCUUGCGCUAUAUUAGCCAGCAAAGUCGUUUCUCAACAGCAACCUACUGAUAUAUCAGGUGGAGAUUCAGUUGGCGGCGGCGGCGGCGGAGGUGACCAUGUCGCUGCCGUCAAUGGGCACAAGACUUCUAUCGACCUUAAUUUAAUCCCUCUCAACAAAGGCUCUACUGAUGAUGGCAACUCCAGUAAUAAUAAGCCCAUGAAGCCGCUAACUAUUACGGAUCUCUCACCGGCUCCUAUGCACGGUUCUCAGCUUCGCGUGGCGUAUCAGGGAGUUCCUGGCGCAUAUUCGGAGGCUGCAGCGGGGAAAGCUUAUCCAAAUUGUGAAGCCAUCCCUUGUGAUCAAUUUGAGGUAGCUUUCCAGGCUGUGGAGCUGUGGAUCGCAGAUCGUGCGGUUUUACCGGUUGAAAAUUCUCUUGGAGGAUCUAUUCACAGAAAUUACGAUUUGCUACUCCGUCAUCGCCUCCACAUCGUCGGUGAAGUACAAUUGCCAGUCCACCACUGUCUCUUAGCCCUCCCCGGCGUCCGCAAAGAGUACAUUACUCGAGUGAUCUCUCAUCCUCAAGCACUAGCACAAUGCGAGCUUACGCUCACUAAACUGGGACUGCAGGCCGCCAGGGAGGCAGUAGACGACACGGCUGGAGCUGCAGAAUACAUAGCAGCCAACAACCUCCGCGACACGGCGGCCAUAGCAAGUGCACGCGCGGCGGAGUUGUACGGAAUGCAGAUAUUGGCUGAUGGAAUCCAGGACGACUCAAGCAACGUAACGCGAUUCGUGAUGCUGGCGCGUGAGCCGAUAAUCCCGCGCACGGACAGACCAUUCAAGACAAGCAUUGUGUUUGCACACGAUAAGGGAACGAGCGUGCUUUUCAAGGUGCUAUCGGCGUUCGCGUUCCGUAACAUCAGCCUGACUAAGAUAGAGUCGCGGCCGCAUAGAAACCGCCCGAUCAGGCUGGUCGACGAUGCGAAUGUCGGCACGGCGAAGCACUUCGAGUACAUGUUUUACGUGGAUUUCGAAGCUUCAAUGGCGGAGGUUAGGGCUCAGAACGCGUUGGCGGAGGUGCAGGAGUUCACAUCUUUCUUGAGGGUGUUGGGUAGCUAUCCUAUGGACAUGACUCCUUGGUGCCCAUCGAGGGGAGAUUAGCAAAACCCACCAAUAGAAAAUUCCAGAAAAAAAAAUCCCUUAAAAGUGUAUUAUUUGCAAAAAAACAAAGGGUAACUGGUUUUUUUUGGAAUUUUUUAAAUUAUUUUAUGUUUGGAAUUUUUAAUUCAAUGGAUGAAAAUUUGUUGGGGUAAAUAUUUAAAAUUAAAAAUAGUUGUGGGUGUAAUGUGUAAGAAUGUAAAUUACCAUUUAGCCCUCCAUCUUAUCGUUGGACCUUUCUAUGUCAUGUAACGUGAGGACACCCUUUCAAGCAGAAGAGAUGUGAAAAGGAAUAUAUUUUUUUCAUGCAA